AAUCAGUUGUAAUGUUGUGCUAACUAUUGGUUGAAAGUUGUUUGACAACAGGUUUUACAAUCAAUCAAAACAAUAGUCAUAUGAAUACUAUGUUUAUUACAAUAAUGUGUUAAUUGUUACGACUCUGGAGUGACAACAAAGUAAUGUGAGAUCAGUUGAAGUGAUCACUUAAGUGGGCGUUUGUUUGCACACUAUAGUUGUCACUUGUCUUCUCUAUUAUCAUCAAAUCAUUGUACAGUAAUUGUCUGUAUUUGUGUCACAAUUUUAUUAACAAUAUAUAUGCGAAACAUUUGUUUUUAUUACACAAAUGAAGACUUCUGUGAUUUGAAAACAAACAAACAAAGACUUUUGAUGGAAACAAAUGUAUGAUUUUUGCUAUUUAUAAACAUUUGUUAUCACUUGUUGUCAUCAAAUGACUGAUGAUACCAAUCUUUACCAUUGAUGACAAUAGUAUCCACACUCUGUAGUUGACUAUAGCCUAUUGUAAGAGUUAAUUGUGAUUUAGAUAUAAAAUGGCUGAAGAAGACGAUGCGAUGAUAUCGUUAAGUGAAUCAACAAAUCGUCAUUUUUUACCAUUAAGACAACGAUUGGCCUUUUGUGUGGGUCAUGUCCUCAAUGAUGUUUGCGCCGCCAUUUGGUUUUCAUACUUCUUGGUUUACAUGCAUUUUAUUAAUCGUUUCCAUAAAACGGCGGCUUAUUUACUAUUAAUUGGACAAAUAGCCGAUGCAAUCGCCACACCAUUUGUUGGCAUUGAACUCGACAAAGACAACGACUGGUGGAUCUGCAGAUAUGGUCGUAAAAAGUGUUGGCACUUAUUGGGAACAGUUCUUAUAUGUGUCACAUUUCCCAUAAUUUUUACCAAAUGUAUUGGCUGUGACAGCACCAGUGAAAACGCCAAAAUGGUCUAUUAUUCAGCGUUUAUAGUGAUCUUCCAGUUUGGUUGGGCAGCCGUUCAGAUCAGUCAUUUGUCUCUGAUUCCCGAUUUGACUCCUUAUUCCAGUGAAAGGGUUGAAUUGAAUGCCUGGAGAUAUGCCUUAUCUGUUGCCUCUAAUAUAACGGUUUAUUUAAUCGCAUGGCUUAUGUUUUAUCUCGACGGCAGACACAAAGCAGACAGCGAUCAAAUCACUCCUAACGAUGACUUUAUCUUUAGAGAUAUUAUACUAAUUGUUAUGUCUAUCGGCGUUGUCUUAUCACUUAUCUUUCACUUUGGUGUCAAAGAAGCCCCACAGAUGUCCAUCGUUACAAAUAUACGAAACUCAAGAGAUAAUUUGAUGACUUUAGAUUUACCAUCAAUUGAAACGCAUCUCAAGUGGAAACAUUGGUUUAAAGAAUCUCAGUUUUAUAAAGUGGGUCUUCUUUAUACGGGUACCAGACUUUACGUUAAUUUAAUUCAGGUUUAUGUCCCGCUUUUUCUUCAGGAAACAUUAAAACUUAAAAAAGAUAGCAUCGCUUAUAUACCUCUUGUAAUAUACAGUUCAGGAUUUAUCUCAUCAUUUCUAAUGAAGUAUAUUAACACAAAAAUAGGAAAAAAAUUAACUUAUUUUAUUGGAAACAGUAUAUCAUUGAGUGCUAGCAUUUGGUUAUAUUUUGGUACUUAUGAUUCGUUCAAGAAAUAUGACAUCUAUGGUGUUACAGUUUUAAUGGGUAUAUCAGGCUCUACAAUGUUAAUCACAAGUUUGUCGAUCACCAAUGAUAUGAUUGGACACAACACUUCAAGCGGAGCAUUUGUUUUUGGUGCCAUGAGUUUUAUGGAUAAAUUGUCGAAUGGAAUCGCUGUGAUUGUCAUCGAGAAUCUUCAUCCGUGUAAGACAUGCGGAUGUAGUGUUUGUGAUAAUUAUUAUCGAAAUAUAUUGGCUUUUGUUUGCGGUGGUGCAACCAUUUUAACUUUGAUUGCAUUGGCUCUGUUAGCACCGCAUCCGAUCGGUGUUUCAAGAAAUAAUCAAUUAUUUACCACAAGUAAUACUAUCAAUAAUGACGAAGAGAUUGAGUCCGAUGACGAAGACUUAGAUAAUUGUUUCGAUAAUUCUGUUUCGCCAUUAAUUUCCAACAAUCGUGAUAUUAAUAUUAAUUGAUUUUAUUUGUUUUUAAAUAUAAAUAUUUACAGUAUAUAUAUAUUCUGUUUAUUUUUAUUGGUAUUUUAUAAAUUUUUAUAAUAUAAUCUAGUCUACAAUAACUGUUA